GACAACGUACGUCGCGGGCGCCGCGUUUAGUUUGUUUACAAUCGUAACGUUCAUGCCAGCCACGCUGCACGACCCAAAACAGUCUUUGAAAUUAACACAGCCGUCGGGGUUAAAAUAAAUUUUAGAAAUCACAUUGUCAUGGCAGAAAAGAAGCAGGAUGGAACAAGCUAUCAGAGCAUUCCUAGAUUUUCAAAGUUACAUCCUGUAAUCCCAAGAAGAUAUGUACCAGAGUGGAAGAAUGAUAUGAAAAACAGAGAAUUGCUUGUUAUGAACUGCGAAAUGAGUGGCAUCAUUCCUAAAGGCCCACACGAUGAAAGUCUUUUCCUGGACAAACGGGAACGCAUGAACGAAGUCGAGCCAAGAGCAAGGGUGGAGUCCAAGCAUCCAGUCUUGGAACGUUACGAUGCUCUUAGGCCAGAGUUCCACACGGCUCAGUCUAAGUACCAGAGCAGUCUUAUGUUUCGCAAGGACAGUGUACCGGUACCAGGACAUGACUAUCAAUGAUAUAUCAACAAAAUAGAGACAUUUGCACAAUUGGAUAGCAAUAUGAACUUAUCUUUCAUCACAUGGACACUUUAUGUUAAGUUUCCUGAUGACGUGGUUCUUUUUAUUUUCGACAAAUCGAGUUUGUAUUUAUUUCUAUAGUUUUGACUAUGUACAAUGACCAUGUUUGUAGCAUUCUUUGAAAUUAUAUACCGAUAGUCAGUGGUCAUCAUAUUUUACAUUUGAAGCACUCGACAUAUUUUUUUGUAUGAUGUGUAUGCCUACACUCGUAUCUAUGAUUAUUAUGUAUAAUCUCUUAUGAGGGGAAUUCAAUCCAAAUAAAAACUUGUUUUUAGAGGAAAAUGAAAAAUCAGAAAAGUUUUUAGGUGAAAGUUUGAACAAUAUCGGACAAACAAUCAGACGGUUAUGAAUUUUUAAAAGUUGUAAAUAUUGGUAAUCACUCUACCCGUGGAGACUUCCAAUUGGCCUCAUAUGUGAUGUCAUAGACUUAUCUUCCAUGUACUCCAGUACGUAAAAUGGCUAUCCAGUAAUCCUACUGUUCUGAGUGUGCACGAUUGACUAUGCUAAUUAUUACAUCACUUAUCAAGCCACGUUUUUUUAUUGUGGUCAUUCACCCAGGCAAGGGGCACAAAGAUUAAGCAGGCUUUAUAAAAAGGUAAAAAACAUUCAUUUCCCUUGGUCUUGGAGGAAUAGGAAGACAUACAUGUAGUACUGUAAGAAAGUCAGCAUCUAAGAAACUUUGACGACAUUUUUCUUCUGGUUUUUGCCUCGCCUGCAUAGCAGAGCGAGACAAUAGGCACCGGUUUUUCCGAAGUUUUUGAAAUGACAGUUUAAGUUAGAAAGUGUAUGGACCUAGUUCAUGAAACUUGGCCAUAAGGGUAAUCAAAUAUUACUGAAUAUCCUGCCUGAGUUUCAAGUCACAUGACCAAGGUCAAAGGUCAAUGAACUGACUAUUUGGGGGUAUUUUUUUUAAAAUGUCAUCAUAAUUCUGAAUGUAAAUGGAUCUAUUGCAUGAAACUUGGAAUUGCAAUAAUCGAGUAACACUGAUAAUUUUGCAUCAUCAAUGUCAAAAGUCAUUUAUGGUAAAUUAACUUAGUAUGAAUGGUGUUUUUUGAAUAGUUAUUCAUCGUAGUCGUUUUCAAAGUCAGCAAUGGUGCUAUACGAAUCGCACAAUGCAGGCGAGAUUACCAGAGGUGUUUCACUUGUUGUAAUGUAGCUUUAACUUGGUUGAAAAUUAACACCUGUCUAAAUCUAUGCCUGCCGUUUAGCUGUAUAGGAAAAUAUGUUAAUGGUAUAUUAGUUAGUUUUAGUAAACAGCAGAUUUUGCAAUUUAAUUUGAGAUUCCCUUUGGACUUUCAUAGCAGUUCAUUAUCAAUGUAAUGUAGGCUAUGCAAACACCACUAUGAAUCAUGUUCUUAGAUAUCGGAGCAUAUACAAAGAAUCUUUACAGCCAGACUAUCAAUUUCAGACACUUUCAGCAGUACAUGAUAAAUUCACUUUUGAUGAUUGAUAUAUUUAUAGAUACUGUAGAUAGAUAGAUAAGAAUAUAAAUGAAGGUCCUGCGUCGGUUGUGGUAAUAUAAAGCAAAAUACAAGGUGAAUAAAACAACCGUAGAUAGAAAAGUUGAUCAAAUUUUCGCCCAUAGGGCUUCAUCAGGAAAGAUAGAUAGAUAGAUAGAUGGAUAAAUGGUAUUUAUUUAUGAUAAAAUUAAAUCUGCAGCCAAGGGCUGAAUUACAUGAAUUUGUACAGAAUAAAAUUUCUAAAUACAAACAGAUAAAUAAUGAUAAAAAAAUGUACAUGUAUAUUAAAAUAUAUAAAGGGAAGGGGGAUGAAGAGAGCAAUGUAUACAAAAGAAGUAAUGUCAGGAAGAAGAAUGGGAAGAGAUUAGGAGUAGAUUAAAGUUAUAUAUAGCAUUUCAACAUAAUGAUUUUUUUUUACAUAAAUAUACAUGUAUAGUUGAGCAAUAUUAAAAGAAUAAAACAAUGA